UUUUAUAUCUUAUCAAUGUCCUUUAUUUCAUCUUGAACUCAUAAACUUUAUACAAAAUCUCUCUCAAUUACGGGCCCCUUUCACCCAACAUGCUGAUAAGGCACAGUGUCUUGCGCGCUUGCAAAUAGUCGAGAUCGUGCCUGUCUUGCUGCAGCUUUGUUACCUCUGAAUCUGAUUGUUUUUGUGGUAAUCGCUUUGAUACUCAGCGCUGAAGAAUGUCAUCUCUGCCGGCAACUUUCGUCGAAGGCUUCCACGAUGAAGCGUCCGUCCGUAAGAUGGAGUAUCGGCAGCUGGGCCGCACGGGCCUCUCCGUGUCUAAGAUCUCUCUGGGCACGGGUACUCUGAGUGCCUUCUACGGGGGCGUCACUGAAGCCAGCGCUUGCGAAACUGUCCAGGGAGCUCUGAAGCGUGGGAUCAACUACAUCGAUACAGCAUAUUACUAUGGCCAGGGUACUUCGGAGAAGCUCCUGGGCAUCGCUCUCAAGUCCGUGCCAAGGAAGGCUUACUACAUCGGCACGAAAAUUGGCAGAUACGAAUUGGAUUUGGCCAGUCAAUUCGAUUUCAGCGCUGCGAUGACGAGGAAGAGCGUGGAGAGGAGCCUCAAGUUCUUGCAGCUGGACUACGUCGACAUCAUCCAGAUCCACGAUGUGGAAUUCGCUCCUAAUCUCGAGAUUGUUCUCAAGGAAGCUCUGCCGACAUUGGAAGCUCUGAGAGAGGAGGGAAAAGUGCGCUUCAUCGGCGUGACUGGGUAUCCUCUGGAGGUGCUGAAGCAAGCGAUCUUGGGAGCGCCUGGGAGAUUCGACACUGUUCUGGGUUACACGCGGUACUCAAUGAUUGAUGACAGUCUCACGCGCUAUCUGGACUUCUUUCUGGGCGAGAAGCUGGGCGUGAUUUGCGCCGCUGGUCAUGGCUUGGGGCUUCUGAGUCAGAACGGACCCCAGCCUUGGCAUCCGGCUGGAGAGGAGAUCAAGGCAGCCUGUCGCAAGGCAGCGGCGAUCUGCCAGGAGGAGGGAAUCGAGCUGGGUCGUCUCGCCAUGGGACACUUCAUCGAGCUCUCCGGGCCUGCGACCUUCCUGGUGGGCAUGCAGACCGUGGAGCUCCUGAAUAUGAACCUGGACGUGUACCUCAACGGACUCACGGACAAGGAGAAGGCGGUCAAGGAGAGGAUCAUUCGCGAGACCUUUGCAAAUCUCAAGCAGACGCACUGGGAGGGCGUCGAGGUAUCUCGCUACUGGAGCGAGAUGGCGAAGCUUGGCAAAAAGAGAGAGUGAUCAGUGAUCUUCGGAAUAAAGAGAUGAUUGCCAUUGAGAAACAAAAA